GCUGUCUGUGUGAUGCAGAUCGCAGCAGAGUGCAGUGAUAGGCUGUUUCUGUGUCCCUGGCAGGUCAGUAAUAAGCUCUGAUACAGAAUGGCUCUGACAAACCCUAUGCCAAUGGGCCCAUGGAAGAUCACGGUCUAUGACCAGGAGUACUUCCAGGGCAGGCGCAUGGAGUUCACCGCCUCCUGCCAGAACAUCAUGGAGUGCUGCAUGGACAACAUCCGCUCCUUGAAGGUGGAGUGUGGCGCCUGGGUGGGCUAUGAGCACUCUAGCUUCUGUGGGCAGCAGUUCAUCCUGGAGAGAGGAGACUACCCCCGCUGGGAGGCCUGGAGCGGCAACAACGCCUACCACAUCGAGAGGAUGAUGUCCUUCCGCCCCAUCUGCUCCGCUACCCAUAAGGAGUGCCGGAUGAUGGUGUUCGAGGGCGAGAACUUCAUGGGCCGGCAGUGGGAGAUGUGUGAUGACUACCCCUCCCUGCAGGCCAUGGGCUGGUUCAACAACGAGAUUGGCUCCAUGCAGGUCCAGAGUGGCGCGUGGGUGUGCUACCAGUACCCUGGUUACCGCGGUUACCAGUACAUCAUGGAGUGCGAUCGUCACGGAGGCGAAUACAAACAUUACAGGGAGUGGGGGACCCACGCCCAGACCUUCCAAAUCCAGUCCAUCCGAAGGAUCCAGCAGUGAGUGGGAUGCCCUUCCUCUCCCUCCUCCUCCUCCUCCUCCUCCUCCUCUUCCUAAUGGCCCCACCUCCUGCCCACUACUUCAAUAUGCCUGCGAGACCCCAGAUC